UCCAAUUCAUCCCCUAAUACCUGUGUAGCUAGCCGUCGGACCUCGUCUCCGGAAUUUCUUUCUCCUUCGAAUCUUCAGACUUGAAUCACUCUCACAGUCUCACUCACUCUCUUCAUCUGUGGCACAUCGGUGACGGUGAGAGGGGAAAAUGACGGCUCAGCUGGGAUAUUGCGCUUUGUAGCGGUGGUUUGGUCUUUAGUGUCUCGGUGUGCGCGCGGCCAUUUGACCGACGAAGCAAAUGAAAGCAGAAAGGGAGAAGUUAUUGCUGAACAAGAAGAUGAAAAGUUGUAUUGAGCAAGAGAUCUGUCACAAAACAAGAGAGUAACCAAUGCUGGGAUUUUCGUAUGGAGAAGUAUUUCUAUUGCUUGGAGCCACUGCUGCUUUGCUUGGUCGAAAGGAGAUGCUAAUCGUAGCCAAACCAGCAGGGGUGCUGGUUGGUCGAGCUAUUCAAACAGUAAAACUGGCUCGUGGUCAAUUCGAUACUGUUAUGCAGCAAUCUCAAGUUUUCGAGGUUCAUAAGGAACUACAGGACACAAUGGCUCAGCUAGAUGCUAUUCAUCAUGAAAUUCGAAGUAUAUCAAUCAUAAAUCCUAGGCCCAUGACCCGGAUGCUUGUGGAUAAUGUUGACCAAACAUCUAUAUCAAAUGUCAAUAGUAAACCAGAAGAUGUUGGAGAUAAUAACUCGAUCCCCACAGUUACCAAGAGUUCAACUUCACUGACCUCCAAUUCAUGCAAUAUGCAAAGGCAAGCAACUACUUAUGCCAGAUUGGCUGAGUCCCCUGCCAUGAAGAAAGGUUUCUUGGCAAGUAGAACCGAUGUCGAGAAGAUGAAUGAUGAACAAAAGCUUACUGUCUUACCAAUUUCCGCUGAAGACACUGGAUUUUUAUUAAAUCGUGGGGCUGAUGUGAAAGGAUCUGACAUAGUUCUAGAAGCAAUUUUGGAGGCAGAGGUCGCUCAUAAUGCAAAGGAAUUCUUUUCACAGCCCCAAAAUCAAAUAUGAGUGAUAUGUUAAUCCUACAUAAUACCUUAAUUUUCUAGAUGUUAAACGUACUUAAUUUGUAGCAUCUGUAAACACAAAAUAAUACAUAUUUUAUA